AUGUCUACUUUCUCGCAAAAUCUUCCUUAUUCCUCCUCUUUUGAAGGAGAAGCUGAGAGGCUAUUAAACGAUAUAGUUGAAAAUUUAUGUUCUUCUGCAAAAGCUCAAGAUUGGGGCCCGGGUUGUAAUCAUUGGGUAAAACAACUCAAUGGUUAUCUUGACCUACAACACCCUUUAUCUCGUCAAACUCGCGCUCAAAUAGCUCGCGUUCUUUUUGAACUUGUAAUCACGCCGGGAAUUGAUACUUCACAUGCUGAAGUUUUUUCCAAUACCUGCGUACGAUUGCUCAAAAAAAAAGAAAAAAUCGGACCAGAGGAUCUGACAUUGCCUUGGGAACCGUUAUAUGAUAUGAUUCAUAAGAUAUACUUUCCGAAGGGUCGUCAAAAAACUUUAAUAAGUGAAUCUAAACAGAUCUCAGCCGUAGUUCGCUUAGUAGAACAUGCUCAGAGAUUUUUUCCUCCUGAAGCUACGAAAGAUAUCCUUGCUAGGGUGCUUCCACUUUUUCACGCCAAUAAUGUUGGAGAUGCUUUUACCGUACAAGCAUUUUUAGUUCGAUUCCUUCCAAUCGGACCUUCAAAAUCACCCGAGUAUUCACCUGCAAUAUGGCUUCCAACAAUAUUUUCAUUUUGGUAUCUUAUCCCUGGAUCUUUGCUGUUUCAAACAGAAUUUAUUGAUCUUGUAGCUCGUGUCGCUGAGGAAAAUGUUGUAGUUGAAGACGUUAAACUUAGAAAUAUUGGAAUUUUCACACAGUCUCAAGUCAAGACUGUAUUUGCAAGUGGUCAUAAAAUGAUGGAUUUGCCUGUUGGUAGUUCAAACAAUGGUAAUAAUAAUUCUGUAAGAAGUGGUGGAUCAUUUGGAUUGUCCUCAAGAGUAGAUCAAAAAGCUGGAAGUGCUAUGAUGCUGAGGAAAAAAGUUGAUAAGUUUAAGAUGUUGGCUCGAUUUAUUGUUUUUACAAUAUUUUCAUCGCCUGUUUCAUCAAAAGAUGAAACUACUCUCACACACUUGUCCAAUAUGAUUCAAGCUACGGAGACUUUUUAUCAUCCAAGUAAUUUUGGUAGAUGGACUUUUUCGAUAGUUAGAUUUUUGCAGUAUCUUGGUUGGGAAUUCUUAAAACGAUGGACAGAUGAAAACAAAUCGGAAUGUAAAACUCCCGAAUCACGUCGGUUGACCCCAGAACUUAGACGCCAGUUUGUUCUCACUCUUAGAAGUGUUACGUUUUUGUCAAUGUUUGGCAAGGAUCCCAUGUCUGUCGGUUCAAGCCAGGCGGCUUUGAAAUAUUUAGCGUGGUUAGAGCCUACAUUGAUUUUCCCUGGAUUACUAGAACGGGUUUAUCCUUCUCUUGAAACCUUAACUGAGACACAUAGGACAACUUCUUCAAUCUCUGCACUUUCACUUUUGGCUAUUCCAUUAUUUUCUCGAUUUCAUUAUCCGGCUGGAGGAAAACAUUUGGUACAUCUUCUUCAUUUAACAAUCCCCGGUAUUGAUAUGAACGAUCCGAUAAAGACAAUUUCAUCUUUAAUAUUUUUGACUCAUGCAAUCAUGGGAGUCCCUUUAAGAGAUUUGACUGAAGGCAAUUCCACUGAGUCCGGAUUUAGGUGGACUGGUAUGGAUAUUGAUGAAAGAGAAGAUCAUAUGGAAAUUGAUGAACAGGAGGAAGAUGCUUUAUGUAAAUCUAGUACCGCGGCAUUUGAAGAGUGGCUUGCAAAGUUUUUAAGACGCGUCUUUACUAUUUUUGAGUAUCUCCCACAACAAGAGCGCGGAAAAUUAAAUAUACAUAAUAUGGAAACAGGAUUGGUUACUGUAUUAUUGCAUGCUUGUGAAAUAGUUGGAAUUCAAAUGUCUGAGCAACUUCAGGAUAUGGCAUUGAAAAUGGUUAUAGAUUUCGCGUCCACGACUAUACUUCAGAAUGCCACAAAACCAAUGGGUUAUCUAUGUUCCACCCUAACUAGUCCAAAUCGAAGCAAGGCACUUUCACUUUUUAUUCCACUCUGUUAUUCAAAGAUUCUUACAGAACUUCAACACGGUGCAUCAUCUACACCAACUACUUCAUCAACACAUCACAUCCAAUCCGACACAACGUUACAUUGGUAUCAGUGUAUUCUGUAUCAUGUGGCCAUGUCAAGUGGAUCUGAUCUAUUGAAGUACAAAAAAGAAAUGAUAGAGUUAGGAAAAGAAAUGGUGCAAAAAUGUCGUUCAAGGAAAGGAUACAUGUGGACUGGAAAAUUUAUUCGAAUGAUGUUAGUUGCCCUGACGCAAAUAUAUCCUUUAGAAUGCCGAAAUGUUGAUCUGGAACGAUGGAAUUCUGACGAAUAUAUGAAAAACCAUCAUAAAUAUUGGGUUGAACCAGGCUGUCACGAAAAUAUUAAUAUUGAUUGGCAUGUACCAACAGACCCUGAACUCGAUUUUGCAAUGGAAAUAAUAGAUACUUUCUUAAAACCUACUCUUAAACGAAUCGAGGAUUUAAUGGCAAAUGGAACUGAUGAGGAUGGAAAGGUGUUAAGCAACCGUGGAAUAACUCACGAAUUUUGCCGUUGGUUCAGCGUGGUCAGAAAUUGCCUUAGCGGAAUGACUACUUUAGUAGAAGACGACGGUGACGAUGAUGCCUCGGAAUUCAAAGAUGAAGAAACCGAGGCUGUAAAACCAACAAUAUCUAUACCUGCUGGAUAUUGCUUCUUAAAUCUCAACGAUAAACGAAGACAAAUUGCACAUCGAGGAGUUGAGAAGUCCAAGUAUGAUGCAAGUAAACGCGGUUAUCAAUAUGCAAAAAAUAUGUUGAAGACUUCUCACCAUGACAAGAAAUAUCCUCGUUAUUUACUUGUAAAACGAGCAUAUCAACAACAUUUAUGUCGUUUGAAACAAAAUGCGUUUGGUCGCCUUCGAAUUCGAGUACAUGAUAAUUUAUUAAAGGAUUUAGUCGAAUUGUCUCUUAGUUCAUAUUCAGAAAUCAGAAAGAUAGCCCAAUCUCAUUUGACCAAUGCGUCUCGUUGCUUUAUUGGUGCGAAACCAUUUAUCAUUCCAACUUUAUUGGAUGCUUUAAAGCCAACUGACAAACCGAACUCUGAGAGAAUGAAAGGUGCUUUAUAUUUACUUGGGUCUCGUACAUAUAUGUAUACGUGCCUGAGAGAUUGGCGGUUUGUGCCUAAAUUUAUUACUCAUAUAUGUCAGGCUCAACAUGAUGAUAAACCUUCAGUACAAGAAAUGAUACGCAGAAUAUUUUUUGAUUAUCUUAUGAAUUAUAAUAAUACUGCGUUAAAGACAAUCUUUACUAAAGGCUUAGAAGUAGCAAUAAAACAAGCAUUAGAAACUCUUUCGAUUACUAUGGACGAGAAUAAAUAUAAUAGAAUUCGAAAGAAAACAGAAGAUAGAUUAGCUAUGCAAAAAAGAGAAUAUUAUAGUCUUGUUGAUACUCUUUUAACACUGGUCAAAUCAAAUACGCUUCAUUGGCGCUUCGAGUUAAUGGCUGCAAAUUUCUUAGACCUUUUAGUACGACCGGAGGCACCAAUUACUUUAGAAAUGGCAGAAUAUUCUGCUAAAGGAUUAGUUUCAGAACUUCCUGGUUUAAGGCGUAUAGCUAUUUCAACAACGACAAGAAUAUUAUUAUAUAUUAAACAAAGAACAUUUAUUAAGGGUGACCUUGAGUUCGUAUCUUUAGGUAAAUCAGAAAAUCCUCUAAAAAUAAUUUAUGAAACACCGUGUCCUUUAACAGAAGGAUACACAGAUAAAUAUUUAAUAUCCGGUAUGACUCCAGUUGAUGAAAGUAACGCAGGGAAUAUUAUUCUUCAAGAUAAAGUUUGUGUUGGUUGGUAUAUUUGGCCUAUAAAAUUUGAAGCAUAUUCCCCACGUACGAAAACAAGUGUUAUGCCGAAAAUUAAUCCAGAUUCUGAAGCGGCUUAUAACAAAUUGCUUGAAAAUUUUGAAUCUUCUCUUUUUUGGUCUACUUUAUUGUCAUAUCUAUCACAAGAAACCUCACGAGAUAAAGAAGAUAAUUUCUCUACUUGUAAUGCAAAUCUAUUUAAAAGUAUUUUCCAGAUCUAUGAGGAUUCUUUCUUAGACAUUGUUAAACCAGAGGUCCUUAAAUUAUGCAAAUCACCGGAGAAAAAUCAGCAACGUGCCGCCACAGAAAUAUUGGCGGGUAUUAUAAGGGGAAGUAAACAUUGGUCACUUAAUAGUUUACAAGCAUUUUGGAGCUGGAUAAUUCCUUUAUUAGAGCAAACUUUUAAUUCAAUCACUCCCGAUUCUCUUGUAUAUUGGGAUAGAUUUUUAAAUUAUGUCCUGCGUAAUCGUGACCCACGACGAGUAUUGCCUCUUGUUGAGUUAAUUUUAAGUUUUCGUAUCGACCCUACAUCUCAUGCUUCUUUUGCUGAAGCAAAGAAAUUAUUAUUUAUAAGCACUCUUCUUAGUGUUUUUUCAUGGCGCGUUCUACCGAGGACGCAACCGUUACUUGAAGAAUAUUUUGCUAAUAUUCGUCAUCCCUAUAAACAAGUACGCGAUACUAUAGCAGCAAAUAUUAAUUUAGUAUUACAGAUACAAUGGCAUCCUUCUGCCGCUAACGUUACAGAGAUACUUGAAAGUAAUCUCCGAAUUGGUGAAGGUGUUGGGUUUGUUGCGUCGGAAUUAAAUGAAAAUCUCAAACAAACAUUGUUGGGUUUAGUAGAAUCACUGGUAGUCAUGCAUGCGGAAAAGAAGCCAACUGCGGCUGGUUCUUCAGAAUACGGGAAUGCUAGCAAGACAAUCCUUGCAUGGCUUUAUGAUGCGCUCACCAUGUGGCAGGCUACUGGAACAUAUCCGUUGAUACUUCCUUUAUUGCCUUCAGUGUUUCAAAUGCAAGACGUUAAUGACGACCAAGACCUUCAGUCCAUGGCUACUCAUGUUUUAAACAUCAUUGCUUCUUAUCCUUAUCCUCCUGAUAUGAUACCAAUGAUGAUUGACAAAUUUGUCGAAAUACUGACAGAAUCUUCAAGCUGGCAUAUUAGAGUAAAAGCUUUACCUGUGCUUCAAGUAUUUUUCUUCAAACAUCUUUUUAUGUUAAGUAAAGAUAAGACAGAUAAAGUUAUGGAUGUGGUCUCCAGGAUGUUGAAAGAUAGUCAGAUUGAGGUCCGUCAAUUGGCCGCAGUCACGUUAUCAGGCCUAAUUCGUUGUUCACAAAGAGAAGCUAUAUCUAAAUUAAAAGAUCAGUUCACCAAACUGUUAGAGACAAAAGUUCCGCCACGCAAACGUACAGUACAAGCUCCUCGCGCAAUGUUGCCCCCAGGCUUUCAAGAAGCCGUUCUUACACGUCAUGCGGCUGUUCUUGGGUUAUCUUGUUUGGUUGAUGCUUUCCCAUAUGAAGUUCCAAAGUGGAUGCCCGAAAUCUUGGUUAAACUUGCUGAAUGUAUAUCGGAUCCUGUUCCUAUACAGACAACUGUCAAAAAAACAUUUGCCGAUUUUAGAAGAACACAUCAGGAUUCUUGGCAUGAAGAUAUGAAACAAUUUACAGAGGAUCAAUUAUCUGUUCUAUCCGAUAUGUUGAUUUCACCAUCUUAUUAUGCAUAA